AAAGAGAUCACAAAAUCAGUUGAGUAUAGCGCGGAAUCAUGAUCAGUCGUCUGUGGUGGCUCCUCAUCUUACAAGUUCCGAUUUUGGCUCUGCCCACGGACACGGAGAACGUAUUUGCCGACGACCUAACCUCGGAGUAUGCCAAACAAAUCAUCACCGCCGCAAAAGUGGCUGGGAUAAAAGGCAUGAUGAAGCCGGAGGUGGCGCCCUGCGAUAACUUCUUCGAGUAUGCCUGCGGCAACUGGAAUCACCAGAAUCCUGCACUGCUUCUGGAAAGGCCUAUGACAGACACUUUCCAGCUGCUAUCCGAUGGCUUCAACCGACGACUCCAGCGUCUAUUACGCUCCCAGACACUUCAAUCAGAACUGGAAAAGAAAAUUCAACGGUUCUUUCUUUCCUGCAGCAUCGCAAAUCGCGACGAUGUCCUCUACAAGGUGGCCCUUGAGAAUGUCUACCGGGAGUUUGGUGAAAUGCCGGCAGUAGUCGGUGCCCAAUGGAACUCCUCCGCCUUCAACUGGUGGCGAACAGAAGCGCAAAUCCAUCAGAAGUACGCCAAGGGACUUAUUUUCGGAGUCGAAAUAAUGCACGACAUCAGGAACACGUCGAUAAACAGAGUUUAUCUCAGUUCACCGGACCGACCUGGAGCCGGUUUAAAGGACUCUCCCUUAUUCAAAAUUUUAGAGGAAGCUAGCAUAGCGAAGGAUCUUCAGAACUACCUCGGAGUGGGAGCCAAGGAGGCCAAUGACAUUGCCAAAAAUCUAUAUAUCUUUGAAGGCAAGCUUUUUGAAGGUGAUUCCUCCAUUUCAUUUGAGGAUGGUCAUUCGUUCUAUUCAAUGGCCGAGUUGGAGGAGAAGUACAUCUCCUACCUGAACUUCACCGAGUACUUCGGUUUGAUUUUCGGAGAGGGAAAUAUCCCGGAAAAAUUAUACGUCUACAAUGACGAGUUUCUGGACAACGCUCUUGCCUUGAUAAAGAACACUCCUUCCGCCACGCAGGCCAACUAUAUCCUCUGGCACCUUUUAGAGGAGUACUUGGUGGACUCCAACGACAAAGAUCUAUCAAAGUGGUGCGUUGGCCAAACCAAGAAAUACUUUGGCCAGCUCACUGAUCAUCUGGUUUACAAACGGUAUCGCAGUUCCAAAGCCGAGGAGGAAGUGCUAUCCGUUUGGGAAGAAAUUCGGGGCAUCUUCCGGGAGCACCUAAAGGGCGACAAACUGGAUUGGAUAACAAACGCCACCAGGCAGCUGGCCAUCAAAAAACUGGACAGUAUGGAAUUGAACAUUAGCUCCUACGAUUCAGUAGACUUCGAUAAGCUCUUCGGGCCAGUGGAAAUCGAUAUACACAACUAUGUCGCCAAUAUCCAGCAUUUGCUUUCGGCCAAGGCUAUGGAAACUGUGGAGAAGUUAAAGAUCCCAGGGUCUUCGAUAGAUGCCCCCGAAACACUCAGCUUUACGCCAGCCUACAAUAUCCAAGAAAAUAGCAUCACCAUUCCAGUAGCCCUGCUUCAGCCUCGCUAUUUCUGGAGCGCCGAGUACCCAGAGGCCCUUAAAUACGCCACUUUGGGCUACCUAAUCGGCCACGAGAUGGUCCAUGGUUUUGAUGACAGCGGGCGGAGCUUCGACGCUUCUGGCAAUUUGGCUCCCUGGUGGGACAUUAAGAGCCGGUAUGAGUUUGAAGAGCGGAGGAAGUGCUUCCAAGCCCAGUAUCACGCUUACAAGUAUGGUGGUUCUAAGUUGCCAGAAACCGAGAAUCAAGCAGAGAACAUAGCGGACAACGCCGGGGUCAAAUUUGCCUACAUUGCCUACGAGAAAUGGCUGGGCCAGCAGACGGAGGAACGAAAGGAGCGGGAGAUCAUGAAGGGAUUGGACCUCAACAGUCGUCAGUUAUUCUUUCUGGGAUACGCCCAACUUUGGUGCGACGAUGUCCAUAAACUCAUUCGAUCAACUUUGGCUAAAAAUGACGAACACGCUCCCAGCAGAUACAGGGUGAUUGGUUCUCUAUCCAAUUUCCAGGAGUUCUCCUGGGUCUACAACUGUUCUCAAGAGGCUCCUAUGGAUCCGGAGUACAAGUGUGCCAUUUAUUGAAGAAGCUUCUUUGGUACUAAAUAUUAAUCAAAUUAUUGUUUAUUUUUGAGGUUACACUGGUUUGUUGUCAGUUGUCACCUUUUAAACAAAAUUGAAUAAAAUUAAAUAGAAAAUUA